CACCGUAAACUCCGGCAGGGGGAAGCACCGCUCCGCCACUCCUCCAACUACGAGUGUAUUUUAUCCCGUGAAGAAGUCACACCACCAAACUCAAACAGCCUGUAGAGGAGUGUUUACGGAGAAUGCCUUUCCAUUUCUGCCCCCAGUGUGGAACAAAGUUGAAGCCUGAUUUCAGAUUUUGUCCAUCAUGUGGGGAGAAGCUUCCCUGUUCUGGUGAUGAAUCUGUGCCUCUGAGUUCGACGACAUCUCUAAGUCUCUCUCCACCCAAAAGGGUUGCGGCAGCAACAUCAGUGGUUAAAAGAAGCCUUGAUUCAAGCACAAGUUCUGGGCCAGCUGAAAGUAAGACCUCUGAAUGUGUCACGUCAACUCCAGUUACACCUCGUCCUGCGCUGCGAAAGACCCGUAACUCCCUUCGCCUGGACAAGGAGGUUAAAUUCAGCGUUAAAGAUGCCUCUCCACCCACAGUGCCCUCCACUCCUCCUGUCCAUUUUAACAGGACCGAAGUCAGGGGAAAUCUCUCCAGCCCUGCAAAAAGGAAAGCGGAGGAAUCAACAGUAGACAGCUCUCCUGCAGCUGUCAUCUCUCCAGUUUCCUCACCAAUCUCAAGGUCUCCUUUAAAAGGUAAAAGCAAAGCCAAGAAGGCAAAGCAUACGCCUGCUGUGGAGCCGCUACAGGAGGGUGAGGAGGUGGCAGACACGACGGGCAAGAAGUGGAAGCUGGUGGAACUGCUCAGUCAGAGCACAACAGAGCUCAUGUAUGAAGUUUCACGAUCCAACUCCAAAGAAUCAGAUCACAUCCUCAAACUGGGAGCUAAAGAUGGAAGAAUCUUCAAUGAGCAGAACUUUUUGCAGAGAGCUGCCAAACCUGCAUCUUUGGACAAGUGGGUCAAACAAAACAAGAUGGAUUUUCUGGGGAUUCCUUCCUGUGUUGGCUUUGGUCUUCAUGCAGAUUCCUACAGGUUCCUGAUUUUCCCCAACAUGGGUCAGUCUCUCAAGUCUGUCAUGGAGAAAGAAGACAAGCUUUUAUCAGAGAAAUCGGUUCUUCAGCUCGCCUGUAGAAUAUUAGAUGUGCUGCAGUAUAUCCAUUCAAAUGAGUACGUUCAUGCUGAUAUUAAUGCAGAAAACAUUUACAUCAAACCAGGACAGAAAUCACAGGUGUACCUGGUAGGAUACUGCUAUGCCUUUAGGUUCUGUCCAGGUGGACAACAUGUCGAGUACCGUGAAGCCAGCAGGACACCACAUGAGGGCACCAUUGACUUUAUCAGCCUGGACGCACAUAAAGGAGCAGCUCCGUCUCGACGCAGCGACCUGCAGUCUCUGGGUUACUGCAUGCUGCAUUGGCACACCGGGAUGCUGCCGUGGACCGUCCACACUCACCCGGACCAGGUAGCCACAGAGAAACAGAGGUACAUGAAGGAUGUUCCUGCACUGUUGAGUCACUGCUUUGGGAAGAAGAGAGUUUCCAGUGCAUUUCAAACAUACCUGACUACAGUGAUGACUCUGCAGUACCUUGAGCAGCCAGACUAUCCAGCACUGAAAGCCAAACUCAGCGCUGCUUUACUGCAGCUGGGAGGAUCACUCGAGCAGCCACUCAGUUUUUAGAGAAAUGGAACAAAAAGAAGACAAGUUGAAGAAGACAGUUUAGCUGGUUUUAUCAUGCUGAUGUUUUACUGUACUGAAAGCAGAAUGUUGUAGAGUUUACUGUGUAAAUAAUUUGGGUUAAUGGAUUUAAUUGGCGUCAUCUUUUUAUUCAUUCAUGACAUUGUUCUGGUUUCACAAAGACUUUGCACUGUGGGGUUUUAGCAUUUUAAUAAUUUUGAUGUACAGGGUUUGUGUGAUGUUGACACUUUUGUGAGUUUCGGUGUGUCACAGUGAUCUUCUAAACUUUGUCUGGUUUUAGGUGUUUUAAUUUAAUUUUAACCUCCAUUAAAUUUUUUGGCAUGAA